AUGUGUCAAAGACAGAGAACAGAAGGUGCAGCUAUCCAAGAUGCAGUAAAUGAGGUUGAUCUGUUAGACUGGCCAUCUACUGAAGGUAAUCUCGUUAAUGAAUUUAAAACAGAUGGUCUAGCAACUAUGGCCUUUCCUACAUUGUUUCCUUAUGGAAAGGGUGGUGACCCUACAAAUAGGUCAAGACAACAUGGUAUGACGUGAACUGAAGCUUUCAAACAUUUAAUGAAGUUUGCAGAGAGGCUUGCAGAUGGUAAGUUUGAAUGGAGGUUUGCUUCUCACCCACAGUUUCCUUAUUGGGUGUUAAAUAUGAAACAACAGCAUCAGCUGUUGUCACAAGCAAAUGUUUACUUGUGUCAACAUCCUGCUGAUGCAAACAUGACAAUGGAAGAACUGAAGUAGAUGGUUAAUUCCAUGAGUGUAAACCAAAUGAUGAAUAGGUUGCAACACUAUGUGUCCAAAAUACAAGGUACGAAUCAGUAUUGGUAUCAGCGGCUGCAGGAAUUGCUAGCCCUGAUUGAACAAAAAGGCGGCCCUACUUUUUUCUUCACCUUUAGUGCUGCUGACAUACAUUGGCCAGACUUACAGAGGCUGUUGCAGAAAGAUGAAGGUGCAAGCAGAUCUGAGCGAGCACAAGCUGUAAUUGACAAUCCCCACCUAACUGAUUGGUUCUUUAUGCAGCAGCUGGAGUUUGUCAGACAUUGGCUUAAUGGUGUCUUGGAUGCCGAGUGGCACUGGUAUCGAUUUGAGUACCAAGCUAGGGGAAGUAUUCAUUGCCACGGAUGUGCAAAGUUAAAAAAUGACCCUGAUAUCAGAAAAUUACAUAAGGCAUGUGUUGCAUUCCUAGAGAGUGAGACAACAAGGUACGAAAUGUCACCUGAAGAUUUUGAAUUGCUUUGCGGGGAUGUGGAUGGUUGUCCAAUACAGCAGCAUUUCACGACUCGUUACAACUUGUAAUGAAUGUUUCACAAGUCGUGAAGGACUCUAAGAGUGCAGGAGCCAAGUGGUGAACCUCACAAAAUUCAUACGACUUGUUAAAUCCGUGAAAUUUCACGACUUGUGACAACUUGUAAAGAAUGUUUCACGAGUCGUGAAGGACUUAAGAGUGCACCAGCCAAGUGGUGAACCUGACGAAAUUCGUACGACUCGUUAAAUCCGUGAAAUUUCACGAGUCGUUACAACUUGUAAGGAAUGUUUCACAAGUGGUGAAGGACUUAAGAGUGCAGGAGCCAAGUGGUGAACUUCACGAAAUUCAUACGACUCGUUAAAUCCAUGAAAUUUCACGACUCGUUACAACUUGUAAUGAAUGUUUCACAAGUCGUGAAGGACUUAAGAGUGCAGGAGCCAAGUGGUGAACUUCACAAAAUUCGUACGACUCGUUAAAUCCGUGAAAUUUCAUGACUCGUUACAACUUGUAAGGAAUGUUUCACGAGUGGUGAAGGACUUAAGAGUGCACCAGCCAAGUGGUGAACCUGACAAAAUUUGUACGUCUCGUUACAACUUGUAAGGAAUGAUUCACAAGUCGUGAAGGACUCUAAGAGUGCACCCAGCCAAGUGGUGAACCUGACGAAAUUCGUACAACUCGUUAAAUCCGUGAAAUUUCACAACUCAUUACAACUUGUAAGGAAUGUUUCACGAGUCUUGAAGGACUUAAUAGUCCAGGAGCCAAGUGGUGAACUUCACAAAAUUUGUACGACUCGUUAA